CCACAAACUGUUGUGCGCCUGCGCUUCAUUUCCCCCGUGGGCGGUGGGGCCGAAGUGCUGUCAUGGCGGACCCGGCGGCUCCCGGCCGGCUGGAAAGAGGCACUGGAAAUCUAGGGGUACAGGAGGCGACGGGGCCUGGAGGAGCCCUGGUGGAGCUCACCCCGACCCUCGGCGGCCUGGCUCUGGUGAGCCCCUACCACACCAACCGGGUCGGGGAUCCCUUAGACCUCGUGGCGCUCGCCGAGCAGGUGCAAAAGGCUGAUGAAUUCAUCCGAGCAAAUGCUACUAACAAGCUGACAGUCAUUGCUGAACAAAUCCAACACUUGCAAGAACAAGCUAGGAAGGUACUGGAAGAUGCUCGCAGAGAUGCUGACUUGCACCACGUGGCUUGUAAUAUGGUGAAAAAACCUGGCAGCAUUUACUAUCUUUACCAGCGGGAAAGUGGCCAGCAGUACUUUUCCAUCAUUUCUCCAGAGGAAUGGGGAGCAGGCUGUCCACAUGACUUCCUCGGUGCCUACAAGCUGCAACAUGACUUGUCGUGGACUCCAUACGAAGACAUUGAGAAGCAAGAUGCUAAAAUUGGCAUGAUGGACAAGCUGCUGAACCAGCCCAUGGCCUUGCCCCCAUGCACUGAACCCACCUUCCAGGGACUAACUCACUGAGUGUGGCUCUGAGGAACAGUGCUCAUGACAAAGGCCUGACCAACACCAACCAUCUCCUUGUCCACAUUCUCUUCCUUGUGUGUGUGUGUGGCUCAUGGGGACUUUGGGUUUUGGGGUGAGUCAUGAACUUCUUGGAGGAAAGCCUGGUGAAUGUAGACAUUCACCAGGUAAGGAUGGUGAAUGGAAUCGCUGAACUCCUGUGGGAUCUUCCUGGGCCCACUGAUGCCCAGUCACUCGGUUUCAGAGGAUUAGCUAGUGCUUUCCUUCACCUCAGCACUGGGGAAGGAAGAAUUCUCUCCCCACAACAAGCUGCUGGGUCAUGUUCCUGUCUUUUGUGUCAGGUUGGUAUUGAAGCUGUCUACGUAGGUGCUGUGCCAAUUUAAGGUUGAUUCAGGAAUUGCAGUGUUGCCUAUGGAGGAUUAAAAGAAACAGACAACUUGGCGUGGCUGGGUGAGGGUGCUGAUUCUAGAGCUUCAGUCCUCACAGCGUCCUUCUGGUUCGCCCUUCUGCCCUUCCUGCCUAGUGAGAGUGACUGGAGACUGAGGCAGCCAUCCUAAACCUCACAGAUGCUUAGGGCUGGAAGAGGUCGCAAAGGCUGCUACUGUCUGAGCCCACUCUGAAGCCUCCUUAGGACAGCCUGAGCUCAGCACCCCGCAGGACAAACCCACCAAAUGGCAUUUUUAAGAUAGAGUGUGGAAGGGCUGGAGAGGGGUCAGCAGUUCAGGGUGCUUGCGGCUCUGCUAGAGGGCCCGAGCUCCGUUCCGAGCACCCAUGUUGGACAGCUCACAACUACCCCGUUUUUUUGUUGUUUUUUUUUUUUGUUUGUUUGUUUUUAAUUUUUUUCGAGAGAGGGUUUCUCAGCAACUAUGGAGUCUAUCCUGGAACUCGCUCUAUAGACCAGACUAGCCUCGAACUCACAGAGUUCCUCCUGCUUCUGCCUCUUGAGUGCUGGGAUUAAAGGUGUGUGCCAACACCGCCUGGCCCACUUGUAGCUCUUAACUCCAGAAGAUCUCAUAACACUUGAUUUCCAUGAGCCAUCCAGACACCCAGAUAUACAUAUUCAUACAUUUAAAAUCUUUUCAAAAAGAGACUGGAAGAGAGUAGAGCAGUGGGGGUGAAAACAAGAAAAACCACUCACCUGUCCAUAGAUUGUGGCUUGACUGGGAUUAUUUAUUUAUAGGUUUUCUGUAGCCCAGGUUAGCCUGCAGCUGACUAGCACAGGCUAACCUUGAUCAAUGUGAUAAUCCUGCCUUAGCCUCCCUAGUGGACUGAACCAUCACACCUAACAUGUUAACACUGAUUGAAACUCAUUUUUAUUGCUUACUGAAUAAGUCAUGAACUGCAGAGGGACCGGGGAUGUAGCUUAAUGUUAGCAUGUUUACAUAGCAUGUAUGAAAAUGUUUACACAGCAUGCAUCAGGCUCUGGUUCCAUCUCCAGUACUGCAGACAAACAGUACCGAAUGGGGCCUUUUGUGCCCAAAACUCUUAUGGACUUUUUUGGAUUCUACCUCGUUUCAAUUUAUAGCAUAAGCAGAGUGACUGCUUCUUCAUUGCAGUGUCGUCUACUGUAAUGUGUUCUAAAGAACGUGAGGAAUAUGUACUGGAGCCCACAGGCCCAACUUCGGGUAUAUACUGUCUUGGUGUUUACAGCUUCCCUUAUGAACAGUGCACCUUGUGAGCUAGAAGUGGUCCAUGCCUAGCACAAGAAGAAGCCGAAAUCUAGCAAGGAACAUGGCCAUUCUGUUCACACAGAACUGUCUUGUGUGAGCUGUGGAAAGCCCCUCGAUGGGAAGCUGCAGUCCUGGUAGACUUUCCUGGGGUGUUUUGGAUCCUGACUCCGGAAUGUUGCCCAGGUCUUGAGGAGUUUCUGACCUGGUGGUAAUGAUGGUUUUGAGUAGUGCGUAGUUUGUAAGGAGGUAAGCAUUGUCGCAGGGCUAGUGGUUUAAGCGACACUCACUCGUGGUUUCACUGUCUUCAGCCUCAGGGUUUCUUUGGUACUGCAAGGCUGUAAUCAGGUUUUUGACUAGGGCUGGAUUCUCUGGGCCUUACUAUCUGCUUCCAAGCUCACGAUUUUGGCAGAAUUUUGGUUCAUUGGAGAUUGCUGGGCUACCUGCUAAUGGAUAGAUAGAGGUCUCCCUCAGCUUCUUGCCACAGGUGUCCCUGAAAACAUAGGUGCACUCUGCAUCAGAAAGGAUGGAGCUCACGAGCAGAACGGAGGUUCCAGCCUGUGGAGUCGCACCUCAGAAAUGCCAUUUUUGCUGUAUUGUCUAGAAGUCAGUCUCUAGGCCAGCCUACAUUUAGGGGAGAGCAUCACACAGGAGCGAGGAGAUCAGGAGGCAGAGAUCAGUGUUGAGACAGGAAAGGUAACCGGUUUUGGGUAAAAGGCGAUUGUGGUUGGAUGGUGUUGAUACCACGGAUCUGGACUGCACACAGCACUGGCAGAAUAACCUCCUGGAUACAUUCCGGUUCCCUCUAUCUUUCUCAGAUCCUUUGGCGUGCAGUAUCACGCUGAAUCACUGAAAAUGUAGAUUUCUCUCGCUUUUGGUAUUUCCAACAGCGAGCUGCGCCUGGAGAUCAGUGGUUUCCAAAAACUUCUUGUCCAAGAAGAUGUACUUCCCAUUUUGGCCACCAGGUAGUGCCAGUGCUCUUACCUGGUUAAUCUGCCUGGCUGAGGGAUGACGAAUGGGGGAUUAGGGCCAAUGAGUGCAUGCAGCAGCUACUCUCCGACAGCCCUCAUCCCUCUGUCCUGGUGAUUUCCUAAGCACCAAGUGCCUUCUCAUUCCCAGGUUCUAGAGGAUUAUCUCAGCACAGGGCCCUGUUUCAAAGAAGCACACAGUCUGCUAGGGGAACAAGCAGAUUAGCAAUUACAACGUGGUUCAAGGACUUAGUGGAGGUAUGCAUAGGCCAUUGUAGAAUACAGGAAGACUUCCAGUGUAUGGGAGGCUUGUCUUUUGGGGCUUAGGGAGGGUCUUUUUGGGUGGAAUUUAUUGGAUAUGCUCUUAACCUCAUCAAGCAAAGUCAUCCUGGUCUUUCCAAGGGGUGUGGUAAGACUGUCCUGGCUAGAAAACUAACUAAAGAGGUCAGUGCCAGGAAAAGGAAUGCAGUUGACAAAAAUAACAUGAAGGGCGUUGAUGGCAGCCUGGCCGCUUUGGAAGUACAGCAGCUGAAGUGAACGCUGGCUGGGGCGAUGGGCAGGAACCAAGGUCUGUACUACUGGACUCGAAGUCAGCUAGCAGCACUGGAGUGUGAGGUGCCAGCUUGUGUCAGUUGUACAGUGGAAUUAAUUCCUCUGUGUUUAUAUAUCCGGAAUUCGAGUGCUCCUAGAAGUCACUGGCCUGUUACUUUGUUUUUUUUUUUGGGGGGGGGGGAGAAUCUGGGCACAUAUGCAGAUACCCGCAGAGGCUAGAGAUAUCAGACUUCGCAAGAGCAGCACGCACUCACCACCCACUGAGCCAUCUCUCCGAUUCCCUGUUUGGUUUUGACUUCUCCCCUUAGAGUUACAUAACAGUGGUGUGACUUAGAGUGAGCACCGCCUGAUGUGAUGAUGCAUAGCAUGUUGAAGUGCGAUAGACUGCUACCUUGUUAGCUAAUAAAAUGUGAGGACAUGCGUGAGAGGAGGGGAUCUUGGGCAGUUCUUGAAUUUCUGGUUAAAGUGUGUUGAUCCACUCAACAAAAUGUGGAAGAGAAAGACGUGGGGUAUUUACCAGAGACCACUUGGACGUGGGUUUAAGCCAAUAUAAAGUCUUAUUAGCCCGCUGGUGACUACACUGGCUAUUCAGGGAUCCCAAUGUACCCUCAAGCCUUUCUCUGGGUGACCUUUCAAGUACAAAAUCCAUGUCCUGGGUUGACAUCAGUUAACAAGCUUAGUCAGCCAGAAGCAGAGCUACAGAAGCCAAAAUGGAAAGUUAGUGCAUUUAGAGACUUUCUCAGAACUAUGGACUUUGAUGGAUUAGGUCUUUGUUUUCAUCUUGGUAGAUGGUGCUAUCUACAUGUUUUAUAGCCUGAAUGGAUACUUCCAUCAUGGAGUCAGUUGUGCUAACAUCUGGGACCCUGUUACAGACAUUCUGAUAUUUUCUAGCGUAAAUAGUUUCUUUUUUUUUUCUUUCUUUUUUUUUUUUUUUGAUUUUUCGAGACAGGGUUUCUCCGUAGCUUUUGGUUCCUGUCCUGGAACUAGCUCUUGUAGACCAGGCUGGCCUCGGACUCACAGAGAUCCGCCUGCCUCUGCCUCCCGAGUGCUGGGAUUAAAGGCGUGCGCCAACACCGCCCAGCUCUAGCAUAAAUAGUGAUCUGUAUUUGCUUCAAGAAUCUACCUUGCUGACUCUGCCCAGGCUUACUGGGUAGCCACUGACUGAGCGCCUCUCCACCCCAGGGGUCUGGAAGGAGGCCUUACUUGUGUAUUUACCUUCUCAAGACUUGUUCCCCAAACAUGGAUGAUACUAGCCAUAGAUGAAGAGAUGAUGCUGUCUAGGGAACUUUAGUUCUAUCAGAUGUUCCCUUUAUCUGAUUUAAUCUUCAUGUGGCCCAACACCCAGGAGGUCUGAGCAGGAGCAUUUCCAGUUCAGAACGUGGCUCCUGGCUAUUCAGAUAGCAGUGAUAAGGUCAAAGCAAGGCUGUGUUUGCUUUGAGUCCAGUGAUAACCACAGUCAUAGCCACCUAGGUCACGUUUACCCCAGCAGUGUUCUAGAGCUCUACAGAGGUGACAUACACACGGAGUUUGGCCAGUGUGGGAUGCAUGCAUGUCUCUAGUACACACCUGUACUCAGAGCCUAGAAGGCUGAGGCAGGAGUCUGGAUGCCAGUUUCAGACUAGUUUGCACAGCAACAAGGGAGCGUCUGUUUUGAAGAAGUGAAAAAAGGUGUAUGGGGAACUGGGGGGAUAGGUAAUAAAAUACUUGUUGCAAAAA